AUGUCAUCGGUUGAGCCCAACAUUGCCAACGAGAUGCAGCAAUCCCAUGAAGAACUGCAAUCAUUGCACGCAUCAAAUUCAGCAGUUGAUAGAAUAUCGUCGGAAUUAGAACCUUUGCAUAAAGCUAAGACUAACGAUGUGGUUAAACAAGAAAAUGUAGGUGAGGUAGGCCACUCAACUACAGAUGCAGGUAUGACAAGUUUACCGUCGUUGGAUAACCUAGUGAUUGAUGAUCCUAGUAAUCCCACAACAAUAACAACCAUCGUGAAGUCAACCGAAUCAUCACCAGAAAAACAAACGACAUCAUCUAAUAUUAGUAAUUCACUUGGUGAGAUAUAUUCAGCAAGAAAAGAGAACGAAACUGUUAACAUAACCACUCUACCAGCCGCUGAAACCCAAUCUGCGCCAGAUAACGUUGAGCAGAAAUAUAAAACAUCAAAGCUUGAAGAAGAAACAGAAACUGUUCAUUUACACCCAUCUCCGAAUGAUGCAAUGAAGAUCCAAAAUAGUUUACAAAAGAAUACUGAGAGUAUAGAAAGCCCCAGCGUCCAGCAAUUAGGAACGGAACUGGAACAGAAAAUUCAGGCUUAUGCAAUGUUAGAUUUUGAGUCAUUCACAUUUUAUGUUCAAACUAUGCAAAUUUUACUUGGAAGAAUGGUUGAAGGCGAUUCCUUGACCGAAUCAUUAGAUAUUCAUCUAGGCAAUCAAAAAGCAAUUUCUAGGAGACAUGCCAAGAUUUUCUAUAAUUUUGGGAACCAGAGAUUUGAACUUAGUGUUUUAGGUAGAAAUGGCGCAUUUGUUGACGGGAAUUUUGUCGAAAAGGGACUGACGGUUCCUUUAGGAGAUGGUGCCAAGAUUCAAAUAGGUGAGACUGAAUUUGCUUUUGUUUUACCCCAACGAGAAGGUGAACAAUCUAAUAACAACAACGUUGCAUCUAAAUUGGAAGAUAAAUUGGAGGGAAACAUUGAAGUGAAACCCAAGGUAGAAUACGAAAAAGAUAUACACCUAGAAAACUUGGAUAAUUUAGUUGCCAACUUUGAUGAAAUCAAGAAAGACAUUCAAGACAAUGAUAUACUAUUGAAGGACCCAAAUGUUUUAAAUAUCGUUUUUGAUCCCGAGUAUGAACGAAAACGUGAAUUGGAGAUAGAAAGAGAGAUUGGAAGGGUUUUAGCACGGGAGAACAGUGUACAGCCUCCGGACGUGCCUGAUCCUAUUGAUACUAACAAAAAUAAGAGCAAGAAAAAAUCUACACCUUCUUCCAAUUCAAAAUCUAAACCUAAGUCCGAAGCUGCCCCUGAAGCCGAGAAACCUAAACCUAAGAGGCAAAGCAAAGCUAAGAAGAAAGUUUAUACUUUGGAAGAGAUUCCAGAGCCAUAUCGAACGAAGCCGAAUAUCGCAUACUCCAUAAUGAUUACGGAGUGUUUACGCAAGAAAGGAACGGAGCGAGGCAUGUCACUGUCUGAAAUUUACAAAGGAAUACAGGAGCUAUAUCCAUACUAUUUCUAUUGUCCUGAUGGAUGGCAAAGUAGUGUCAGACACAAUCUUUCAUUGAACAAGUCAUUUAGAAAAAUCUCCAAAGAAGGGAAAGGAUGGCUUUGGGGUGUUAAUGAGGAAGUUGUUGCAGAAAAGGAUAGAAUUAGGCAAAAACAAUUAGAGAAUGCCAAGGCUAAAGCAAAAUUAUCACAGAAAAUUAUUUCCAAAAACUCGUCGAGUUCAACCAAGAUGUCAUCACAGGGGAUGACCACCAGUUUUAGUGCCAAGCCAUCAAAUCCAUCACUAUCAUCUAGUUCACUAAACAAGACUUCAAUGAGUAAUGCACAAAACUUACAAGGAUCAUCAAAACAAUCUUCAGCAGGGAAAAACACAAGUUCUCCUAUUUCUAAGGACUCAAAUAUGUCAGCCAAUACGAAAAAAGCAUUGACAUAUCUCCAAAAGGAAUUAAUUUCUCUAACUAAGUCACGUAAGAUGUACGAUAGAGCAACGUCCACAGAAAUCUUAACUAAGGCAUUAGCAAUGACGAUUUCUCAAGUUGAUCAAGCAGCAAAAAAUUUUGCUAUCAAGGGUUUCCCACUCGUCACAUUAAUUGAUAAGAACCCGGGCCACGUCACAAAGAUUUUGACAGCAGCCUUGAACGCUGCAACAUUACAAGUCUGUAAACAGAAAGGUUUAACACCGCAUUUGCCGCCUAAAAUUACCAAUUCACAGGGAACACAAGCUACUACCGGAUCUGCAUCUGCACCUGUAUCUUCGACAUCAACUCCGAAUAACAGCAAUGGUGCAAGUAAUUCUAAAAAUACCCCUACGAUAAACUCUGCAAUUAAAAUACAGGCCAAGCCACAGCAGAACAAACCUGUUAUAGCAAUUAAGAGAGAGGAAGGGUCAAACCCUCCUAGACCAGUUAAACCAGACCUGGGCAAGCCCAAAUUUUUCAAGCCAGAUUUAUCAAAGGACACCAAAAGCAGUGGACCUGUAAUUUACCAAUUCCCCAAGACUAUGACUAAACCACAAUUUAAAGCAACACAACCUAUGAAACCUUCAUUUAAACCCAGUGUCAAACCUAUUAAUGCGGGACUGAGUACAGGAAGUACGGGUGGAAUCAAUAGCAUGAAACCUAUAAAGUUAGGAGGUAACAUUACUAACAAUACUGGGUUGAUGAAACCACAGUUUUACACAAAAAGCAAGAUUCAUGAGAGGAAUUUGAACAAAAUAGAAAAUAAUGAUUUAGCAAUUAAGAAAAGUAUUGCUAAAUUUGGCAAGCCCACAAGUAUGAAUAGUGGGAACAUUGAUACUAAGAUAUCAGCCAGUGAAGGGGAGCAGAAAUCUGGCAAUGCUGAAACUUCCACAACAACAGUAGCAGUGCAGAGAAAUGACUCUGAGUGUGGUUUGAGCACUGUUACUGGAGACAUAAUGAGCAGAGUUAGCACAAGUACAAGUGCAAUAGUUGGGGGAAAUAGUGAUACUUCACUUGAUUCCGAGACAAUUAAGACUUCGCAUUCUGAUAGUAAUAGCAAUAACAAUAUUGUUGUAAAAGAUGAAAUUGAAGAGGAAGGCGAGGAUGAAUUAGAUAUGAUGCUAGCUGACUUAGAGAAUCGAAACAAAGAUGAGAGUGACGAUAAUAAUACCGACGAUGAAACAAGUAAGAAAAGAAUUGCAUCAGAAACUGAAGAACCAGAGAACAAAAAAAUUCGACUGGAUUAA